GUCAUUAUAAUGAUGAUGACUUUUGUUUCAUAGUUUUAUCAGUUUGCCACAGUGGCCAUCAUUGGCUUACGUUUGAUUUACGUUGCAACUUUUUCUGAUGAUGACAAUUCUUGGAUCUCUAAGUAUGCUAGAUACAGUGUGAAAUACACACGAGAAAGUUUGUUCGUGUAAUGAGCAGUUCAUGCGAAAAUUCGUGUCCGUGGAAGGACUACCUGGAAGAUACAAUCAAUAGAUUUGCUUCUUAUUUAACGGAUUUUCUUCCAUCAAGUUUCGGCCUAACCCUCGAUUCGACUAGUGCUGUUAUCUUUGGCAAUGAGCCUUUUCAAAGAUUUUCUGAAUUUUUCCAAGAGUUAAUAGCCUUAUUAUCAUUUGAUGAAUUUCAACUCCAAUUACUUAAGAUUUUUCUAUUUAUACUUACUAGUACAAUUGCUUUAAUUUGUAUUGCCUGGCACGUAUAUGGUUUAAGAAUAUCAGAACAAUUUAUGAAUCCAAAAAUAUAUCUUCCUUAGGUGGCCUACCUGCAUAUUAUGGGAAAUCCUCGGAAUAAUAAUUGAAUAAUAAUUGCUAGUUGAAAGUUUUGUUGUAGAAAUUAUUAUACAAUUAUUGUCUACAAUUACAUCAUAAUCAGACUAUACCUUUCUAAAUAUUCAAAAUGGCAGAUAAGAUAAAGGCCUUCUUUCAGAAGAAAAAAGCGAACGCUAAGUUUAUAAAUGCUGGAAGAGGAUAUAAAUUGAAUGAAAGUAGUAAACCUGAAACAUCUGAAAUAUAUCAACCAAGAGAACCAAUAAGAAGAGCAGAGCCUACGGAAGAAGCUAAAGUAGCUGGACAAGCUGCAUUAGCACGAUUAAAAGCAAAAGAAAAUGACACAUGCAGAUUUAACACGUCAUAUGCGGCAAUUCAGGCACGUGUGAAAAAAGAAUUGGAAUUGGAAAGAAAAGCACGACAGGAACUUGAAAAAGAAGCUACAACAAAAUUAGUUGAAAAACCUAAAGACGAAGCUAUGAAUAAUGAAUUUUUAGCUGUUGUUGAUGUAUACUUCCGAUGUCCAUAUAUUUCUGAAGAAAUUUUAACACGAGAGGAGUGGAAAAAAAAGAUUCGAGAAUUUUUGUAUGAACAAUUAAAAGAAGAAGAAGCAGGAUUAACUUCGUGCUUGAUCAUUCAUAAUUGUAAUACAGGAAAAACAAAAAUUCAAAAUUGUAUAGAGACAUUAGAGAAAUAUAUAGAAAAUAUUUUAAAUAAUCCAGACGUAGAAAAAUAUCAAAAAAUUAGAAUGUGUAAUAAAAUAUUUCAGGAAAAAGUGUUACCAUUGGAGGGAUCUUUAGAAUUUUUGAAAGCUUCUGGUUUUGAACAAAAGAAAUUAUUACACAAUGAUCUAGAAGAAGACUUUUUGGUAUGGAAUCCUGAUGCUUCUAGUUUGGAUGAUUUAACUAUGUUAGUAGAAGCACUAAAAUCUGCAGAAAUCAUUCCGCUUGAGGUAGACAGAAAUUUACAAGUUCUGUUGCCUAGUCAAGCAAAUGAGAUGACUGAAUUACCUGAAAGUUUCUUCAACAUAACUUUAGAAGAAUUGAAAAAAGAACAAAAACUUCGGGCUGAAGCCAUUGAAAGAAAUCAAAUAUUAAGGACGAAAGCUAUGCGAGAAAAAGACGAAGAACGAGAACUUAGAAGAUACAGAUUUACAUUAAUUCGAAUAAGGUUUCCAGACAACAUAAUAUUGCAGGGAACAUUUUCAGUGCAUGAUAAGUAUAAGGAAGUUGUGGAAUUUGUUAAAGAAAAUUUAAUCAAUGCUGAUAUUCCAUUUUUGUUGCUAUUAGUAGGUCAAAAGAUACGAGAAAACGAUUAUGACAAAACAUUGUUAGAAUUAAGAUUGAUACCAGCAUGUUUAUUAAAAUUUUCAUAUGAAGGUGUUGAAGGAAAAAAGCUUGAUACAUCAGCAGGAUAUUUAAAAGAAAGUGUGCUUUGCUUAGUACGAAAUGCAUAAAAUCAUGGUGGAUGUUAAAUAUCGCAGACGUUUUUGUACAAAAUAAUUUUUUAUAAGUGAUAUUUAGUAUACACUUUACGUUAAAUUAUGUAUUCCGUUUUUGUCCCAAUAUGAAUUAUAUUUUUAAUAAGUAUUCCUCCAGCUUCAGCUUUAAUACGUGAAUUAUUUAUAAAACAUCAAUAUAUACCUAUGCCCAUUGAAAA